AUGGAGAGCCUUGCUGCACUCAGCCUCGCGGGCACCGUUGUUCAGUUCGUUGCGUUCGCAACAAAAGUUGCCAAAGGCAGCCAUGAGAUCUUCCAAUCAGCUCAGGGCUUGAUCAUUGAGCACGAACAGUUCAAAGCUCUUACUGAGGACCUGCAAGGAAUUUGCGAUGAACUCCAAAAACCUAUUCCAGGAGACCAGUUGACCAGCUGGGAAGAGAAGCGCCUACAGAGCCUCGCAGAGGAGUGCGCUGCUGAAUGCAAGCGUUUGCAGGAUGUACUGAGCGAACUAAGGGUCAAAGAAGGGGGCAAACGAUGGAAAGGCCUUGUUGCAGCUGUGAAAGCGAUUGGCAAGGAGAAGGCCAUACUCGACAUCCAAAACAGGCUGGAGACAUUCAAGAGCACGAUUGGUCUUCGGCUGGUCCAGAUUCUAAAGAACGCGCAAUCCAAUGUUCAGACAACAAUUCGGGAGAUGGAAGAGUCCAACAAACAGUUGGAUGCUCAGCGCACCAGCCAGAUCGCUGAAGUCACAUCGAAACUGGAUCAUAUUCGCGACUCCGGGAAGCAUGGCCAUUGA